AUGGACGUUGAAGACGACGACCCAGUUGUAGCCGAGUACGAUGUCUACAUCACGCCUGAUGUAGCUGAGCAGCAGCUCUAUGUCCUCCAGUACCUGAAUCGCCCCCCGGACCAGCCCUUCACUAAGGCGACUGAAAGUCAGCCGACCGAGUUGCGCAUAAAAAAAGACUCUGGCUUCAUCGAGGUCGACGUGCCCAUCAACAUUCACCGCAACUACAACCGCCUCGCUGGUGUGCGAUGGGGCGAAGCCAUGCGCAAGACCAAGGGUUUUGGGCAAAAGGCUUUUGGUAUCGCCUCUGGGUUUGAGCGCACCAUGCCGCGCAGUGCGAACCGGCCUGGAGCUGCCGGCGAAGGAGCACCCGUCGCACCCGUUACCGCCGAUGAUGACGAUAAUAUUGAAGAAUAUGUGACUCACUUUGAGGACGCCAACGAGAAGGGACACGUCCUCAAUACACAGACUUUUGGAGGCCAGAUUCUGCACGAGGAUGGCAAGGGCCCUAGCUACAUGCUCGGCACGUUUCGUGACAACGAACUCCACCUUACACGCAUUGACGGUCUCGUACAACUCCGAACACAAUUUCACCACAUCGACGCCUCUGCCCAGCUAGAGGCAGUUCAGCGCCGGCGUGAGAAAGAGUCACAAGAGGGCGCAAAGCUUGCAGAGCCAAAAGCUUUCCUCGCUCAGGUCAAAAAGACUGGUGGCGACACGGCUGCAGAGAUGACGCAAGCUUUUAUGAAGGCGACGAACCAGGAGCAGUGGCAAAAACUGAAUUACUUUGACGAAAACGACGAGAGAGCCUUUGAAUCAUACCAUGAGCGACUAUUCAUCCAAGAUGUCGCAUCCGCGCCCAAGCUACAAGCCAAGAUGGACAACAGCGGUUUUCUCGAUACCAUCAGUACGAGCGGCAAAGGAGGCAAAAAGAAGUCCAGGCGCAGUAUCCAAGACCUGGUUGAAAUCUCCGACGAGUCCGACGAAGACGAAGAAGAAGAAAAGGCUGCAGCGGCCUAA